AAAAAAGUAAGAAAGAAGGAGGGUUGCUUUGUUUUGUGUUUUUUUGGAUUGAUCUCUAAACAAAGCAACUAAUAGAGCUUAGAGAUUGAGAGGGGAGGGGAAGCCCCAACUUUGUAGGAAAAAACAAAGCAUCGGAGCUACCGGAAGGGCUUCCCUUUCUUCCUACCACUGUCUCUCUAUGUUCUUUUGCUAACACCACCUUGCCCCCUUUUCUUUUCUUCCCACUCUUUUUCGAUCCUUUCAGAGGGAUUUUCAUCGCAACCUUUUUCUGCUCCCCUCUCCAGGGGUUUGGGAUCGAGAGAGUGGCAAUUACAAGGGAGGGGUGAAUAUUUUUUCGGCUUUGUUACUUCAAAUGCCAAAAAUUCUUUUGUCGAAGAUUCACGAGGUAGAAAGAUAAAAAAAUCUUCUUUUCACAAGAAGGGAAAAAUUAAAAAGAUAUGUCAAGCUCGAAUAAUGAUGGAUCCCCUUCAGCAACUCCGUCGACCACAAACUCACCCCCGAACCAAUCAGAUAAUGGUUCAACAAACAACAACAAUAACAACAAAUCACCUCCAUCAAAUAACUCUCCACCGCAACCGAAGAACUCCAACUCACAAAAUGAAAAUCCAAACUUUGGUUCCCCACCAGCACCACCUCAACGUCGUGAAGAAGGCGGCGGCGGAGGCAACAUUCAAAACAACAACAACAACCAAAACAACAACAAUAGAAAUGGCGAGACAAAUGUUCACGAGAUUGUAGCACCACCAGGAGCAGGUCAGCCAUCGCACGAGAACAAAGCAAUAGCGCCACCGGGAGUGGAGCAGUGGAAAAGCGCAACCAAAGGGUUAACCCAAGACCAAAUUAAGCUAAUUGCCGGAAUAUCUGCCGGGGUUGGGUUGUUCUUCAUCUUAUUGAUAAUCAUUUGUUGCAUUUGUUGUUGUCGGAAGAAGAAGAAGAAGAGUAAACAAGAACACAUACACCAUUAUUACGGCGAGUACCCAAUGGGUCCCCCACCAGAGCAGUACUAUAUGAAUAGCGGCCAACACCCUCCACCUCCUCAAAAAUGGCAACAAUCGCAACCACCGAUGGGGAUGAAUUACAGCGGUGGACAGCCUGGGACCGGGUGGCAAGGUGGGCCUCCUCCGAUGAUGUCCAGUGGGGACAUGACUAGCGCCAAUUACUCCAACCUCCAGCCGCCGCCCCCGCCGCCAACGAUCUCGGUUGGUUUUAAUCAAAGCACUUUUACAUUUGAGGAGUUGCAGGCUGCAACGGGCGGGUUUGCACAGUCAAAUCUGUUGGGGCAAGGUGGGUUCGGGUAUGUUCAUAAAGGGGUUUUGCCUAAUGGAAAAGAAGUUGCGGUAAAGAGCUUGAAAUCUGGCAGUGGGCAAGGUGAGAGGGAAUUCAUGGCAGAGGUUGAGAUUAUCAGUCGGGUUCAUCAUCGACAUCUUGUGUCGCUCGUUGGGUAUUCGAUUACUAAUCAACAGAGGUUGUUGGUUUAUGAGUUCCUUCCUAAUGACACUCUUGAAAAUCAUCUCCAUGGGAGGGGCCGUCCAGUUAUGGAUUUUCCUACUAGGCUCAAGAUAGCAUUAGGCUCUGCCAAGGGACUCGCCUAUCUCCAUGAAGAUUGCCACCCGAAGAUCAUUCAUCGGGACAUCAAAUCUUCCAACAUACUCUUGGACUUGAACUUUGAAGCUAAGGUGGCUGAUUUUGGGUUGGCCAAGCUCUCUACGGACAAUCACACUCAUAUAUCUACACGAGUGAUGGGCACGUUUGGGUAUCUGGCUCCAGAGUAUGCAUCAAGUGGGAAGCUGACAGAGAAAUCUGAUGUGUUCUCGUUUGGGGUCAUGCUCUUAGAACUCAUCACAGGGAAGAGACCCGUGGAUCCAACCAAUGUCAUGGAAGAUUGCUUGGUGGAUUGGGCACGCCCUCUCAUGACCCGAGCACUGGAUGAAGGCAACUUAAAUGAGUUGGUUGACCUUAAAAUGGAGGGCAACUUCAACACUGGAAAGAUGCUAAGAAUGAUCGCAUGUGCCGCUGCCAGCAUUCGCCACUCUGCCAAAAAGCGUCCUAAGAUGAGCCAGAUAGUGCACACGUUGGAAGGAGAUGCAUCUUUGGACGACUUGAACGACGGGAUCAGGCCCGGCCAAAGUUCUAUCUUUGGCGCAGCUGGGGGUAGUGGCGGCGAGUACGACAUCAGUGCUUACAACGCCGACAUGGAAAGGUUCCGACAAGUAGCAUUGGCAAGCCAGGAAUUCUCAAGCAGCGAACAUGAGACCACUUCAUCAAGCAGCGAUUCUCGAGACAUGGCACCGGCCGGCCUUCGCAAGUACAAUUUGUAAACGGAACAUACAACUGGUUGUAACCAACAAACAAAGCUCGACAAACAUUGGAGGGGGAUGUUAGAAGAGGAAAAUGAGAGACGACUUUACUGAAUAGAGUGCAAAAGAAAGAAAGAAAUUAAUGUUAGGCAUUCCAUUGAAGUCUUUUUUACUCUCAGUUGUUUUUGUUGUGCAAAUGUAUGUUUUUUUAAUGGUAGGAAAAACCAAGAGGAGAAAGUAUUGGAAAAGAACAAAGAAAAGAAGCGGAAAGAGGAAGACAAAAAAAAAAAGGAAAAAACAAUUGUUAAGCAUAUGAUGUUGGAUCUUGAUUUAUAGUACUGACUGAAAAUUUCUCUUUCUUUCUUUCAUUUUAUUAUUUUCAUAAGUGGACAAUUAAUUUCUCAUUCAUCCUCUUUGUGGUUUGUAACAUUUGAGUAAUGAAAAGUGGAGACACAUAUCCAGUUCUAUAUACUUACUUACAUU